AUGAGGACAACCCAACUGGCACUAGCAAUCCUGGUAGCAUGCCUUUGCAUUUGGCUAACCAACGGGGCCUCUUCGCCAACAAGCACGGAGUCCUCGACGACCACAACAACCACUGCUGCCACCACCACCACCACCACCACGACCACAGCGGCCACAACCACCACCACCACCUCCUCUUCGUCCUCGUCCUCCUCGAAUGUUCGCCGCAAGCGGGUCACGAUCAAGAACCUCAAGUACUCCAUCAAGCGCAAGCUGCGCGUCUACAGGAACGGCACCUCCAGUUCCACCAGGAGCAGAAACAGGAGCCGCUCUGGAAGGCGCUCCAAUGCCCGUCGUGGCGUCAAUCUGAGACGCCGCAACCGAGGAUAA